GCUCUACCUGUGGUCACAUUGUACAUUUUCAUUCACAAAAUUCUUGAAAGUAAAUCGACUUGGAAAUUAGGCGCGAAUUGACAAUGUGGUUCGCCCGGAACGCCCAGGUCGAAUUGAUUCCGUUGGAGAAUCCGCCGAAGACCAUAUACUUCACCUUCCUGGCGACCAAAUUUGGCCAGAUGAUUAUGGGCGUCACAAAACAGUCCACCGUGGGUUUGAAAGACCAGUUAGCAAUUUGUGUACUCUAUUUUGUGGAUAAGAGCGUUGAGAAAACUUACGAGGAAGUUCAGAAGCGAUGGCCAAAGUCUGAGCUCUUGAAGGACGACGUCUCCAUCCAGUUGGUAGCGGAAAAACUCGUCGGGGACGACAAGGAGAACUCGGAGGCGAUUCCAAUUGCCAUCGUGGGCACGGAAUUCCAGCUGUCCGUGUGGCAAGCUCUUGUGGAUCUGAAAAGUGGUGAAACCUGCACCUACUCCCAACUGGCCGAGCGUAUGGGGCGUCCAGCAGCGAUUAGAGCAGUGGCCAAUGCCGUGGCCAAAAACGAAGUUGCCAUCCUCAUUCCCUGCCAUCGCAUUGUGUCCCAAAAUGGAGCGUCUAAGUACCACUGGGGUGCUGCUCUCAAGCAGCAACUACUUGCUUUUGAAAAGUCAUCGAACUAUUAAAAAUUGUUACUUGUAUCUUUAUUGAAA